AAAACUCAGAACUGAAACAAGCGAUUCUCAACCCCCCACCCCCCCGGGUGCCCUUCUCAGUUCCCACGGCUCUCGCCCAUGCGCGCAAUUCCUCACCGUCUCAAGUGCUGAGGGUCGGACUUGCUCCAUUACUUUUGCUAACCUACCGAUUACGAUCGUUGAGGCUCAUCUCUACAGCAAUGGAUGACGAUGUUUCAAACUCACUCCGUCGCAUGUCGACUCGAGCUCGUAAAGUUGCUCCAAAAAUGGUAGCUGCACUUGCCAGCACUGAUAAUCGAACUCAGGCAAUUCUUGCUCGUCUUGAAGCGCUCGAGAAUGACAAUCCUGGAGCUGAAGUGGUAGAACCGAACGAUGAUGAUGAUGCCUCCCUUGAUGAAGAUGAUGAUCAGGUUUACCAUAAAAAGCAAUCCAAAGGUACCAAACGUAAAACUCGUCAAGCCAAAGCACUGGAGACCGCAAAGAAGGCCCCGAGAACGUUCCUUGAGCUCUUGCAUGAUGCAAACCUGGAAUCCUUGCCUCCUCAUGUGCCAUCCUAUCUAAGGGCAGCAGUUGGGCCUCCAAGCUCCACUUGCCGCCGCCAUUUUUGCACUGUUUGUGGUUUCUCAGCAAAAUAUACAUGCGUAAGAUGCGGAAUGCGUUUCUGUGCAGUCCGUUGUCAGAAUAUUCACAACGAUACACGCUGUCUGAAAUUUGUUGCUUAGAUCGGUGAAAAUGAAAUAAGGAAAUUCAAAAAGAAAACCACAGCAAAAACAUGGAAGAAAGAAAGAUGACUACUUAUUCAGAAUCUGCAGUUGACGACAUUGGAGAAAAGGAUUGAGAAGGUCCUCACGAAUGCAUCCAUUGGUCUCCAACCUUGUGGUAAGCCUUCUUCAUAAAUCUCUUCACAAGUUUUUGGCGCCCCAUUGAAGUUGUAUGUCUUAGUUAGACUAUGCAUGAUCUUAGUUGCUAUAUAUACUGUAAUGUGAAGAUAAAUUGUAGCUUUCCCAACACAGUCACUGGCUCUCAGUUACUGUUUCCAUCUGCCUUGGCCCAUUUUCUCUCUUUUCUCAUCUCCAUUUUUUCUGAAAUAUAUACAUUAUACGGCAAAUACUCACACACACUCAUCAUCUUUUGUGAGAUUUGAACCCUUGACCUCCAAGGAGGUUGCGAUCUUACUGGUAACUUGGAUAUGGCUGGGCUUGGUAAUAGCUCCAUUUUAUCAGUUGAGCAGAAGGUAAUUUUAUUAUCACAUUCUGCAAUAUAGACCCAACAAAAGGACCCAUGAACCAUCCAUGAUUGGAAUUUCCUUUAAUUUUCUUUUGCAAAAGAUCCAGGUGAAAGCAGCUGGAUCUAUGUUUUUUCUAGUUAGACGUGGAACGUUUUUUGGAGAACUGAUGUUCGCAUUAAUUGCAUUUCAUUACGCACUACUGUUGCAAUUCUAGUAUGCACUACUGUUGCAAUUCUAGUAUGCACUAACUGUACUCCAUCCUAGCCACUUACUUAUCUUUGGA